CAGGCGGAGAUCUCUUGGCGGUGGCCGGUGGACGGGCCCGAUCUGCGCCACUGUGUGUUCCCCUCUCAUCCCCCCCGGGAUCGCACAGUCCGGGAGAGGAGCCCGGCGGCCGGCCGUCUACCCUCCGCCGUGUGGGGUCUCAGGAGCCCGGUCUGGCCCCGCGGGUCCAAGAACCUUCAGGACGGCGGCUAAUCAGCGCUGAGUUAUGACGCUGUCACAGAACGUUUCAAGAUUUUUCUCUUUUGUGACGCCUCAGACUGACAGAGAAAGCUGUGCCGACCCCCCAGCUGCAAUGAUCUAAGUUACUGGAUGAUAGAAAGACCCUCAUCAUGGCAGGCCUGCAGCUCCUGACCCCGGCCUCCUCACCCAUGGGCCCCUUCUUUGGACUGCCCUGGCAGCAGGAGGCGAUCCAUGAUAAUAUAUACACCCCUAGGAAAUAUCAGGUGGAGCUGCUGGAAGCAGCUUUGGACCACAAUACUAUAGUGUGUUUGAACUCAGGCUCAGGGAAGACGUUCAUCGCCGUACUACUUACUAAAGAGCUGUCCUAUCAGAUACGGGGAGACUUUCAUAAAUCCGCCAAGAGAACAGUGUUCCUGGUCAAUUCUGCUAAACAAGUUGCCCAGCAAGUUUCCGCGGUCCGCACCCACUCGGAUCUGAAGGUCGGGGAAUAUUCCAGUCUAGAAGUUGUGGAAAGUUGGCCAAAAGAAAAAUGGCAGGAAGAGUUUGUGGCCCAUCAGAUCCUGGUUAUGACCUGUCACAUCUUCCUCAAUGUCCUGAAGAGCGAAAGCCUCCACUUAUCCAACAUCAACCUCCUGGUGUUCGACGAGUGCCACCUCGCCAUCCAGGAUCACCCUUAUCGCGAGAUCAUGAAGAUCUGUGAAGGUUGCCAGACAUGUCCACGAAUCUUGGGACUGACCGCGUCCAUACUGAACGGGAAAUGUGACCCCCGCGACCUUAAAGAGAAGAUCCAGAAGCUGGAGGAAAUUCUGAAGAGUAAUGCUGAAACGGCAACUGAUCUGGUGGUUUUAGACAGGUACGCCUCCCAGCCUUGUGAGAUUGUACUGGACUGUGGCCCCUAUCAUGACAAAAGCGGACUCUAUCAGAGGCUCCUGUCUGAACUGGAGGACGCGCUGCACUUCCUGGAUGACUGUAACAUUCCCAUUGUAUCUAAAGAGAGAGAUUCGACAUCCAUCUCCAAACAGAUUCUCUCUGACUGCCGGGCGGUGCUGCUCGUCCUCGGUCCGUGGUGUGCGGAUAAAGUCGCCGGGAUGAUGGUGAGAGAACUUCAGAAAUACAUAAAGCACGAGCAGGAAGAGCUGCACCGGAAAUUCCUGCUGUUUACAGACACCAUCCUAAGGAAGAUCCACGCUCUGUGUGAGGAGCACUUCUCCCCCGCCUCCCUCGACCUGAAGUUCGUCACCCCCAAAGUCAUCAAGCUACUAGAAAUCCUGCGCAAGUACAAGCCCUACGAGCGCCAGCAGUUCGAGAGCGUGGAGUGGUACAACAACCGCAACCAGGAUAACUACGUGUCUUGGAGCGACUCCGAGGACGACGACGAUGAUGAGGACGAGGAGAUAGAGGAGAAAGAGAAGACCGAGACCAGCUUCCCCUCGCCUUUCACCAACAUCUUGUGCGGGAUCAUCUUUGUUGAGCGGAGAUACACGGCAGUCGUCUUGAAUAGGUUGAUCAAGGAGGCCGGGAAGCAGGACCCGGAGCUGGCUUACAUUAGCAGCAACUUCAUAACUGGACACGGCAUCGGAAAGAACCAGCCCCGAAACAAGCAGAUGGAAGUGGAGUUCAGAAAACAGGAGGAGGUUCUCCGAAAGUUCAGAGCUCAUGAGACCAACUUGCUCAUUGCCACCAGCAUCGUGGAGGAGGGCGUGGACAUCCCCAAAUGCAACUUGGUGGUCCGCUUUGACCUGCCAACUGAGUACAGGUCAUAUGUUCAGUCUAAAGGUCGGGCCCGGGCCCCUAUCUCUAACUACAUCAUGUUGGCGGACACGGACAGGAUCAAGGGGUUCGAAGAGGAUCUGAAAACCUAUAAAGCCAUCGAGAAGAUCCUGCGGAAUAAAUGCUCCAAGUCUAUGGACUGUGGGGACACGGAGUCUGACCCCAUUGUGGAUGAUGACGGGAUCUUUCCUCCAUACGUGCUGCGGCAGGAUGAUGGCAGCCCAAGGGUUACCCUAAACAAUGCAAUUGGCCACAUUAAUCGGUAUUGUGCCCGGCUGCCCAGUGACCCCUUCACUCAUCUCGCUCCGAAAUGUAAAAACCGCGAGGUGUCCAAUGGUCUGUACCAGUCAACCCUUUACCUGCCAAUCAACUCUCCGCUCAGAGCCCCCAUUCUUGGCCCAUCCAUGAGCUGUGCCAGGGUUGCUGAACGAGCGGUGGCUCUCAUAUGCUGCAAGAUGUUGCACCAGAUCGGUGAACUGGAUGACCAUUUAAUGCCGGUCGGCAAGGAGACUGUAAAAUACGAGGAGGAGCUUGAUCUACAUGAUGAGGAAGAAACCAGUGUCCCAGGCCGACCAGGCUCGACCAAGAGAAGGCAGUGCUACCCUAAGGCGAUCCCUGAAUGCCUGAAGAACAGUUAUCCAAAGCCAGGCCAGCCGUGCUAUCUGUAUGUGAUCGGAAUGGUAUUGACAACCCCUCUACCUGAUGAACUGAACUUCAGGAGGCGGAAGCUCUAUCCUCCUGAAGACACAACGCGAUGCUUCGGCAUCCUGACUGCCAAACCCAUACCUCAGAUCCCACACUUCCCGGUCUACACCCGUUCUGGAGAAGUGACCAUAUCGAUUGAGCUGAAGAAGUCUGGAUUUACAUUAACAUUGCAACAACUGGAGCUCAUCACCCGGCUGCACCAGUACAUCUUCUCUCACAUCCUUCGUCUUGAGAAACCUGCACUAGAAUUCAAGCCCACCGCAGCCGACGCUGCCUAUUGUGUUCUACCUCUCAAUGUUGUUAAUGACUGUGGCACUUUGGAUAUAGAUUUUACAUUUGUGGAAGAUAUUGAGAAAUCGGAAGCUCGUACUGGCAUUCCUAGUACUCAGUAUUCAGCCGAGAAUCCUUUUAUUUUCAAACUAGAAGACUACCAGGAUGCAGUUAUCAUUCCAAGAUAUCGCAAUUUUGACCAGCCUCAUCGAUUCUACGUAGCUGAUGUAUACACUGACCUUACUCCACUCAGUAAAUUCCCUUCCCCAGAAUAUGAAACGUUUGCUGAAUAUUAUAAAACAAAGUACAACCUCGACUUGACAAACCUCAAUCAGCCACUCUUGGAUGUCGACCACACCUCAUCACGCCUGAACCUGCUGACUCCACGCCACCUGAAUCAGAAGGGGAAGGCUCUCCCAUUAAGCAGCGCCGAAAAAAGGAAAGCCAAGUGGGAAAGUUUACAGAACAAACAGAUUCUGGUUCCAGAACUCUGUGCUAUUCACCCCAUCCCAGCGUCCUUGUGGAGGAAAGCUGUGUGCUUGCCAAGCAUUCUGUAUCGCCUGCAUUGUCUCCUGACGGCAGAGGAGCUGAGGGCCCAGACGGCCAUCGAUGCAGGCGUUGGCGUGGAAGCCCUUCCUGAGGAUUUCCGAUAUCCCAAUUUGGAUUUCGGGUGGAAAAGGUCCAUCGAUAGUAAAUCGUUCACCUCGAGCCUCAGCCCCCCGACAUCCGACCCAGUGAGUGACUCCAAACUGGGUGUGGCUGUGAUCCCUGACCUUGCGGCUAAACUGGAUGCCCCCGCAGAAAACCAUGACCAAAUGUCUGUGAACUGUUCAGAGCCCUGUCCGAAAUCUCCCAGCAUCCUCCAGGCAGCGCCUGCACCAGGCGAUCUCAAAGUGUUUAACGGCGUCUCCUGCAACGGUCUUACAAAUGGCGAUGGCGACGUUUGCCCGGGGAGUCGGUCGACUUGCUGCAAACAACUACCUGUUCAAUCCUCUACCUCAUUAACCCUUGAGAAUAUUCCUAUUGAGAACCAGCCGGCUGCCAACAGUGAAUGUACUGUGAGUGACAAUAACGCUACCAAACCUACCUCAGGUGGGAGUCCCGGCCCCGCGGCCAGUACGGACGCCGUAUCUGUGGUGAACGGUGGAAAGUGCGAACUCGGGACUUCCAACGGGUACUCCUCAAAGACUCUCGGGCCCAACCCUGGUCUUAUCCUGCAGGCUUUGACGUUGUCCAAUGCCAGUGAUGGGUUUAAUCUGGAGCGUCUUGAAAUGUUGGGUGACUCCUUUCUGAAACACGCCAUCACCACCUACCUGUUCUGCACCUACCCCGAUGCUCAUGAGGGUCGUCUUUCUUACAUGAGAAGCAAGAAGCUUAGAAGAUCAGAGGAGGAUGAGGAGAAAGAAGAAGACAUUGAGGUGCCGAAGGCCAUGGGGGACAUAUUUGAGUCCCUUGCGGGAGCCAUCUAUAUGGACAGCGGGAUGUCACUGGAAACCGUAUGGCAGGUGUAUUACCCCAUGAUGAGACCAUUGAUAGAAAAGUUUUCGGCUAACGUUCCUCGAUCCCCUGUGCGAGAAUUGUUGGAAAUGGAGCCUGAGACUGCCAAGUUCAGCCCGGCGGAAAGGACGUACGACGGCAAAGUUCGCGUCACAGUGGAAGUUGUAGGAAAAGGCAAAUUCAAAGGGGUCGGCAGGAGUUACAGGAUUGCCAAAUCGGCGGCUGCUAGACGAGCCCUCAGAAGCCUCAAAGCAAAUCAACCUCAGGUCUCCAGCAGCUGAGAUCUCGUCACCGGCCGCCGCAGCGAACACCCACUCAGACAACCGAUACAGCGUAACCCUAUGACCACGAGCGAAACGGCAUCCCAGAAUGAUAUCCGCGAGAAGCAACACGCCUUGUGAGACCCCCCUCCCCCACCUAGUCUGGACCUCUCUGCAAGCAACCUGCAGUGCAUUGUGGGAAACAUUAACAGCGUGCAAACACAAUCCGGUCACGUGUCCUGCGGUGUCCUCACGAGCGCUGUAACUACCUGUCUCAACCCGGACUCCAUCUCGAAUGCUUCUAUUUUUGGGGGGAUUAGGGGGUCAAGAUCAAACUUUGCCCUCUUGAGGGGGGGGGAAUCAAGUUUAUGCACCUGUGAAUGAAAUCCGUAGAUAUAUAUUCGCAUAUGUCAGCAUUUUCUUCACGUUUCGAGGGCUGUUGUGUUUUUUUUUGUUGUUUUUUUAUCAUUUUUUUAUCUGAUGCGAUGGGAGCUCCAAGUCUUUCCUCACCGUGUUUCAUGCAAGAAAAGCCGUAACCUUAUACAAUUUACAUUGCACUUAUAGGGACACCAUUAUGUGUCAAGGACCGAAUGAAAGGAUGAGAGUUUCAAACGGAAUAAAAUAUAUAUAUACAUUUAUCUCCCACAAAUUUUCUAACAAUAAUUCCUCCUGCCUUACAGACACCAGACCUUUUUAUUAGGACACGUCUACUAGAUUUCAAGAUUCGAUGCACAUGCAGUAAGAAUUUCGGAGAAUUUAUUUUUCUUCUUCCCUGAUAAGUUAAGGCGGCCGAGGGAAAUUUGUAUUGCAACAAAAAAAAAA